UUUACCUAUUUAUGCCUUUUUAUAGGAUUGUUUCUCUCUUUUGAGCUCAUCAUUCGGUUGUAGGUUCGGCGACACGUGCUCAGUGGACUUCUCUUCCAGCUGCCAGUUGAAAAGGAGCCAUUUUGGCCCUCAAAGGUUAGAAAAUGAUUCAUCAAAUGAUUGGAGUGCUCGCUGGAUUUGUUAGAGCCAUCCUGACUCUGACUCGUCCGGUUUCGGAUAAAAUCCUUAAUGUCAUAUAUCGUUUCUUUAUGGGAUGCACUUCAGAGUUGCCACCAAUAACAGAUGAAAUUCUUCUCAUGCCAGCCACAGAACUCGCUGAGAAGAUUCGAAAGAAGGAGCUGACUUGCCAAGAGGUGAUGAAAGCUUAUAUUAUGCGGAUCAAGUUAGUUCAACCGAUCAUCAACGCCGUCGUCGACGAGCGAUACGUGGACGCCCUCAACGACGCUAUUGAAGUGGACCGCUUUUUGGCCAGUGGACAGAAAUCUGAGAAAGACAUCGCACGAGACACUCCUUUGCUAGGUGUGCCUUUCAGUUGCAAAGAAGCCAUCGGUGUGAAAGGUCUCAUUCAGGCUUGCGGCCAAGUUCGGCAUAAAGACAGGACAGCAGAAACAGACUCAGAUACAGCCGCUUUGUAUAAGAAAGCCGGAGCUAUACCGGUCGUAGUGACAAAUGUUCCGGAAUUAUGUAUGUGGUGGGAGACUGCUAACCUAGCUUUUGGUCGAACUAAAAAUCCUUACGACCUUAGAAGAACCGUCGGAGGCAGCUCAGGUGGUGAAGCGACCAUCAUUGCAGCAGCUGGAGGAGUUAUUGGUAUUGGGGACGACUUGGGAGGAAGCAUUCGCAUCCCAUCUUCAUUCUGUGGCAUCUAUGGACACAAACCUUCAAGAGGUGUGAUUUCGAACAAGGGACACUGGCCUGAAGCUGGAGAACAAUUCGAGGAUUACGUCAGCACGGGUCCAAUGUGCCGAUACGUUAAAGAUCUUUUGCCUCUAGUUAAAGUGCUGUCAGAGAAUGAUCGAAGACUUCGACUCGAUGAAAAGGUGAAUUUCCGUAGUGUCAAAGUGUACUAUAUGGAAGAAUUUCCAGGACUUCUGAAUUCUGCUAUUUCACCAAUUAAAGCAGCAGUCAGAAAGGCUGCAAAGCAUUUUGAAGAAGAAUAUGACAUAACUGUUACAAAAGUGAACAUUAAGGAACUAGAAGACAGUUUCAAGAUUUGGGAAAACAAGUUACUGGAAUGCGGAGGACUUUCGUUUAACAGUAUGCUUGCUGGCGAAGAUUCGAGCAUUAACUUGUGCUGGGAGUUAUUUAAAAGUCUUUUCCGUUGUUCAAACCAUACAUUGCCAGCCAUUUUUUAUGGAAUGACUGGAAUUCAGGAGAAGAAUAAAUGUUAUUACAAGUGCCUGGAGAAAUUUAAUGACCUGAAAGCGAAAUUUGAAGAACUGUUGCAAGGUGAUGCAAUCUUUUUGCUACCUACUCAUCCAGAACUACCACCGCAUUACCUUAUGACUAUUCCUAAAUUCCAGAACAUCGGAUACACCAGUAUCUUCAAUAUUUUAGGCUACCCAGCGACACAGAUUCCAGCCGGAUUGUAUGAUGGAGUACCUAUUGGUAUUCAAGCCAUCAGCCUGCCAUUACAAGAUCGUUUGACCAUUGCUACAGCUGUCGAACUGGAUAAGGUGUUCAACGGUUGGAUAUGUCCAUGUCCCAUUAAUAUCUGAUUGGUAUCAUAAAGUUUUAAAAAGGAUAAAAAUUGCCGAAAUGAUUUCUUUUUUCAUGUGAUUUAUGUACAAUUAUAAUUUUGUCCCUUUUUCAAAAAAUCAGUCAUUCAGCAUUAUGAGAUAAAGCUGAAAAUGCCACUUGAUUUUAAUGUGAUAAUAAAUACCAGAUAAAAAUUUUAAAUGUUUUUUAGUGUCUAUGUGAGAGAGUUUUAGUAUGUUGUUUAAGAAAGAAAAACAUUUAACUUGCUUUUUUACUGUUUGUGUGAAAGAUUAAAAGAUUCUAACAAACUA